GCAGCAGAGCUCUUCGCACCCGGGGCAGGUUUCAGUUUCCUCUCCUGCAUUCCUCUCCUUCCCGUUCCUUGUCCCCCCCUUCCCACCAUGUCCGGCCACACCACCAACUUAAGACUCAAGCUGCCCCUGCUCUGUGUUUUCCUUCAGUUCCUGACAAUCCUCCUCUUUGCUGUUUUCGUUUGUUAUGACGACCAAACGAGUGCCAAGUUAUGGCAUGAGGGGCUGAAACACCGCAACAGAAGUCACCUGGACCAUGAAUUUUACUUGCGUUAUCCAAGCUUCCAAGAUGUCCACACCAUGAUCUUUGUCGGCUUUGGAUUUCUGAUGACCUUCCUGAAACGGUACAGCUUUAGCAGCGUGGCCUUCAAUUUCCUGAUAGCUGCCUUUGCCAUCCAGUGGUCUAUUCUCAUCCAGGGUUUUUUCCACUCUUAUCACCAUGGCAAGAUCUACAUUGGAAUAGAAAGCAUGAUCAAUGCUGAUUUCUGUGCCGGAGCCAUCCUCAUCUCCUUUGGAGCCAUCCUUGGGAAGACCAGCCCUGUCCAGCUGCUGCUCAUGACCUGGCUAGAAGCCGUUCUGUUCGCGGUUAAUGAAUGCCUCCUGCUUAACUUCCUUGGGGCAAAAGAUGCAGGAGGCUCCAUGACCAUCCACACCUUCGGGGCCUAUUUUGGACUGAUGACAUCCCGGGUUCUUUACCGGCCUCACCUGGACGAGAGCAAAGAAAGGGACGGGUCCACAUACCAUUCGGAUCUCUUUGCUAUGAUUGGAACAAUCUUCCUUUGGCUCUUCUGGCCGAGCUUCAACUCCGCCAUCGCAGCCAAUGGAGAUGACCAGCAACGGACCGUCAUGAACACCUACUUCUCCCUUGCAGCCAGCACCCUCGGCACCUUUGCCACCUCAGCCCUGGUGAACCAAGGAGGCAAGCUGGACAUGGUGCACAUUCAGAAUGCAGCUCUGGCAGGCGGGGUGGUCGUUGGGACAUCUGGAGAGAUGAUGUUGACUCCCUUUGGGGCCUUGAUCGCCGGUCUCCUUGCUGGCUUCGUGUCUACACUUGGCUUCAAAUUCCUUACGCCCAUUCUGGCCUCCAGGCUGAAAAUCCAGGACACAUGUGGAGUCCACAAUCUCCAUGGGAUGCCUGGAAUCCUUGGUGCCCUCCUUGGAGUUUUGGUCGCAGCUCUGGCAACUCACGAUACCUAUGGUGAAGGGAUGAUCGAUGUCUUUCCACUUGUUGCUGAGGGGAGACGGACCGCUAUUUACCAAGGUGUCUACCAGCUGUUUGGCUUAUGCGUUACUCUGGGAAUUGCUGUGAUAGGCGGAAGCCUUGUUGGGGUCAUCCUGAAGAUGACAUGCCUUGCAGCUCCCCCUGACACACAAUGCUUUGACGAUCAAGUGUACUGGGAGAUACCUGAGGAUCCUCACAAUGGAUUUCAGUUCUUGGAGGGUUUGAAGGAACUAGACAGAGACACGAGAGCCUGACAGAAUUCAUCCAGGGAAGUCACAAGGCAGGCAGCAGAAGCAGCAUCACAGCAUCGGUUGCAUCUUGAUGACCCCAACCAUCAGGAGAACUUCUCAGAAGGUCUUUUAAGCAGCUACCAAUGCCAGGAUGUAUUGCCUUGGUGCUUUCUUGCUAGGAGAUGCUCAGAAUUAUGUCUUUGGAAGGCUCAAUCUCAGUUCUGAAACCCAGCCAAAUGGAUUGGCUGUGAUUGGAGGAAGGAAAAAGCAUUCUGCAGAUGAACAGAGAAGGCCUCCUCAAAUGUUCUUGAGCUUCAUUGCAGUGAAUCAUUGGUUCACUGCAACAGAUUCUGGAACUCUGUGUUGUUUUAGAAUAAGACUUUGACUAUUUGGACAACCCAAACAGAGCAUGUCUGAUCUCUGUCCUCAUGAGAAAUACCUGAGAGUGUCUCACAUGAACACACAUGAAGAUGCCUUAUGAUGAAUCAGACCAUUGGUCAAUCAAGAUUGACAUUCUCUGCUCAGACUGGCAGCAGCUCUCCAAGGUCUCAGGUGGAGAAAGGUCCUUCACAUCACCUACUACCUGGUCCUUUAAAUGGGAGAUGCUGGGGAUUGGACCUGGGACCUUCUGCAUGCUUAGCAAAUGCUUUUCCACUAAGCCAGGGGUGACCAAACUGCAGCUUGGGAGCCACAUGUGGCUCUUUCACACACGUUGUGUGGUUCUCGAAGCCCCCACUGCCCCAUCGGCUGACUUGGAAAAGGCAUUUCUCUCUUUAAAUCACUUCUCCAAGCCAAGUCAGCUGACAGCUUGGAUAAUGCAUUUAAAGUUAAAGUUGCUUUCUUUCCACCUCUCUCUCCCUUCCCCUUCCCUAGCUCUCUCCCUCCCUCCCUCAAACAUCUGACAUUCAUGUCUUGUGGCUCUCAAACAUAUGACAUUUAUUCUAUGUGGCUCUUACACUAGGCAAGUUUGGCCAUCUCUGCACUAAGCCAAUGUCCCACAUUGUUUCAUGGACAGAACAGGCAAGUGUAGGGUUCUCUCUCUCUCUCUGCCAGCCAGCAAAGAUCUCACCCUGAAUGUCAGAUGGCGGCCAUUUUGAUCGUCUUCCAGCACCAGUUUUAAUGUUCAGUACCUAUGGCUCUCAAAGCAAAAACUCUGGCUAGAGAUUACGCCCUACUCGAAUUACUGAAAAUAAGGAGAGCCAACAACACAACACACACCGUAUGCACUGGAGCGGAAAAGUCAGCAUGGCGUAAUGCCAAACUAAGAUCUGGGGAAAAAUGGAUUCAGAUCCGUUCUCUGCCAUGAAAGCUCAUUGGCUGACCUCGAGCCAAUCACAUUCUCUCAAUCUAACCUACCUCACAGGGUUAUUGUGAGUAUAAAAUGCAGGAGAGAAGAAGGAUGUAAGCUGCUCUGGAUCCUGUUGAGGAAGAAGGUGGAGUAUAAAUAAACAAGGGUCAAAUGUUUAUAAUAAUUCGAUGAUCCGUGGGUUAGAGCCUAUUGUUCUGUUCAACAAAUGACCUCCUGCAUGAUACCACAUCACUAUUUCCUGAACAGUGUCAAGACCUGUGCCUUCCUCAGGACGUCCAUCCUAAGAGUGUGGUAUCACCAUCAAAUACAGUUAAGGGGACUUCAGAUCACCUUAGAUUGAGGCACAGAGAGGAGAAAGAGCUUCAAAUUCAGGGCCCAGAACUUGCUUCAAAUUUUGAAGCAAGAUUUUGAACUUGCUUCAGAUUCGGGGCCCAGAACUUGCUUUUUCUUCAGCUUAUUCAAAGUCUGGUCCAUCUUAUCCAAGGUUUGCAUUUUCUAAGAACUGGGUGGGGACACUGUGUGAGACAGGAUGCUGGACUAGAUGGACCACUGGUCUGACCCAGCAGGCUCGUCUGAUGUUUUUAAUGUUCUGUUGUUCCUUCCACUGAAGAGUUGUUUUGGUUGGCCUUUGAGAGGUCGUAAAAGUGUCUCUCUUUUCACACCUUGAGCGAACAAACUUGUUGCUGACUAAAACCACAUUGUCCUUGA